AUGCAACCACUUGCACCGAAGAAUCGAUUAAACUUAGUCAAUACAAAGCCUCCGUCUAAUUGCGUAGCCAGUUUUAGUCGUGGUGCAACCACUCACUCAGAUAUCGGCCAUGCCCGUGUUGCGCCUGACCUUCUUGACUUUGAAUCUGUGAUGCAGAAUAUGAUGAGGAAGAUAAAGAGGCUGAUGUUGUUGAAGUCUGUGAUUCGAACAAACCCAAAGGGUUGGAUUGAAGCUGCGAGAUUAGAGGAAGAUACUGGAAAUAUUCGGAAAGCAAGAGAGUUGAUAAGAAAAGGUUGUGAAGAAUUUCCAAAGAAUGAGGAUGUAUGGAUCGAGGCAUGUCGGUUGGUGAAUCCGGAUGAAGCUAAGGGUGUUAUAGCAAAGGGUGUUAACGCGAUUCCCAGUUCGGUAAAACUUUGGAUACAGGCUGCAAGAUUGGAACAUGAUGAUUACAAUAAACGUAGGGUUUUGAGAAUGGGUCUUGAAAAGAUACCAGAUUCUGUGAGGCUAUGGAAAGCACUUGUGGAACUCGCUAAUGAGGAUGAUGCAAAGCGUUUGCUUCAGAGAGCGGUGGAAUGUUGCCCGUUGCAUGUUGAGUUAUGGCUUGCUUUAGCUCGGUUGGAAAAGUAUGAUGCGGCUAAGAAAGUGUUAAACAAGGCGAGAGAGAAGCUUCCUAAAGAACGAGCAAUUUGGAUCGCUGAAGCUAAACUGGAAGAAGCUUUUGGAAACACAUUUAUGGUUGGGAAGGUGAUCGAAAAGGGUAUUCGGGCUUUACAUAGAGAAGGGGUGGAGAUUGAUCGAGAAGCUUGGAUGAAAGAGGCUGAAGCCGCUGAAUGGGCUGGUUACGUGUGGACAUGUAAUGCUAUCAUUAGUAACACAAAGGGGUUCCAUUGA